AUGGCGCCGGAGGACCAGUCCCCCUCAGCUAAACCGAUGGCGCCGGAGGACCAGUCCCCCUCAGCUAAACCGAUGGCGCCGGAGGACCAGUCCCCCUCAGCUAAACCGAUGGCGCCGGAGGACCAGUCCCCCUCAGCUAAACCGAUGGCGCCGGAGGACCAGUCCCCCUCAGCUAAACCGAUGGCGCCGGAGGACCAGUCCCCUCCAUCUAAAGCGAUGGCGCCGGAGGACCAGUCCCCCUCAGCUAAACCGAUAGCGCCGGAGGACCAGUCCCCCUCAGCUAAACCGAUGGCGCCGGAGGACCAGUUCCCCUCAGCUAAACCGAUAGCGCCGGAGGACCAGUUCCCCUCAGCUAAACCGAUAGCGCCGGAGGACCAGUCCCCCUCAGCUAAACCGAUGGCGCCGGAGGACCAGUUCCCCUCAGCUAAACCGAUGGCGCCGGAGGACCAGUCCCCCUCAGCUAAACCUCCAGCUGCUGGACACUUGGAGAGUAACUAA